AUGAGCGGCCCAAGCCUUGAGAAUUCUUCCGACAUGUCUGGCCGCAAAAUCUUCGAGCUCAUUAGCUCUGCCGCCGCCGAUGGCUCUGCCGCCCGUCUUGGAAAGUUGUCUUUUCCUGGCAAAAAGGUCGUCGAAACACCAAACUUCUUCGCAGUCACAUCCCGCGGGGCGAUUCCCCAUCUCACUCCCGACAACCUCAAGAGACACACAUCUGUAAACGGAGUGUAUAUGGCGCUGGAAGACUUUAUUGAGAAAAAGGAGCCUCCCAUUCAGCACACUCCUGGCAGAGAGGGUUCACGCCGGUUGCAUAUAUUUACAGCCCUGCCGUCAAAUACUCUUUCAGUACUUGGUCCACGGCGGUGCCCGGCCAUUACAACUCCGUUUGGAAACACGCCCAAGGCUCUCGCCGUCUUCACUUCUACCGGAUUCCGCAAUGUGACGGUGCCUGAAUUUGCAUCUUAUGUCCAGGCGCUGCAACCUGAUAUCGUGCUGCCAAUGGCCGACUUGCCACACACCAGCGCGACACCCUCGUCCAAGAAGCUGGUGCGAAUGGUGGAAAGGACCGAAGUAUGGUUGGAUGAAUUCUUGGGCAAGCUGGCAUCGUCUAAAUCUACAGAUUCUUUGGAUAGCUCUGUGUUUGCCCCAGUGCUUCCAGUCGAGUAUCCCAUCCAGUGGGACUAUUUGAGACAUCUAUCAGAAGAUGUGCUUGGAAAGCUAGAUGGCCUGGCGGUUUACGAUGCAAACCUGCUUCCUGACCUUGUCAACUAUCCUCCGUUGGCACCUCUUCCUAAGUUGUGCAUGGAUCCUCCCAAAACUCCACAAGAGGUUCUGCGUCAGAUUUCCCUUGGCAUCGACAUCUGUACAUUGUCCUUUGCAAAUAUCACUUCUGAUGCUGGUGUCGCCAUGACAUUCACUUUUCCAUCCCCUAGCGUUGAUGAAGUACGACCUCUCGGAAUCAACAUGUGGUCUCCAGAGCACAACACAGCCGUUGUACCCUUGGUAGAAGGCUGUAAAUGCUACACUUGCUCUAAACACCACAGAGCCUACCUCCACCACCUACUCAAUGCCAAAGAGAUGCUGGGUUGGAACCUCCUACAGAUCCACAAUCAUCACGUCGUUAACGAAUUCUUCGUGGGAAUUCGCGAGGCUCUUGCUAAAGGGCAAGCGGUCUUCGGGGAGGAAGCGCGUCGGUUUAUUGCUUCAUAUGAGCCUGUGUUUCCUGAAGGCACAGGCGAAAGACCUAGGGCGAGAGGAUAUCACUUUAAGAGCGAAGCGGACGCAGACAGGAUCAACAAACCGGCUUGGAAAGAUUUAGAAAAGGGGACAGCAUCGGCACAGAUUACGAAUCUUGCGGAAAGCGGUACACCUAGUGGGGAGAGUCAAGAUGCCACACCGGUGGCGGUGGUUAAUGUGGAAGAGGCCGUAGCAACGUUGAGUAUAAAUUAG